AUGCCAAAACGAGUGAUAAGAAGGCAAUGUGUAUUUUUGUUUGGAUCCUUCACAGAACAUGAAACAAAGUCGUUACUUGAGCAGAAACCCAUUAGGUCUCCUCAGAACCAUAAAGAAAAGUCUGUAGAGAGUAUACAGUUUGGCUCCUUUGAUCUUGCUUCUGGCAAUUCUUUAGUAAACACUAAUGGCGAGUUGAAGAAAGGUCAGGCUGAUGGGGCACUGAAAUCUCGACCCUCUAGCUCUCAGUCUGCUGGAUCUCAAAAGGGACUUGAUGCUUCUAGACCUUCAAGCUCUAAUAAGAUCAAUGCGAAUGUUGCAAAUGGGAUUAUUAAAGAGGUCCCUGAAAGAAAACAUCUUACCAAUGGCGUGGCGGUGAAGGCAGGUCCUAUAGGUUUGGAGAAGUUGCGUGUGUCAGAUGCUGAAAGUUACUCUUUGUAUAACGCUUCGAAAUUUCAAGCGCUGGAGGACAGUGAAAUAUUGCUAAGUGAUUCUUCAACAGACAGCGUACCAAGAAAGAAUAAUCAUAUGGUUGUUACUGAAGCUCCUCUGCCCAUUAAAGACUUUACACCAAGAGGAUUAAUAAACGCUGGGAACUUGUGCUUCCUCAAUGCAACACUUCAGGCUUUACUCUCAUGCUCUCCUUUGGUGCAGCUCCUCCAGGGAUUACAACUCCAAGAUAUUCCAAAGGCUGAGUCUCCAACUCUAUCUGCAUUCUCCGAGUUCAUCUCUGAACUAGAUGCGCAAAGCAGUUCAAGCUUCAGAAACAAUGUUGCCGUUGUUGAGUCUUAUAGACCUUUUACACCUUCCAUGUUUGAAGGGGUCCUUAGAAGCUUCACACCAGAUGUACUCAACAACAUGUCUGGCCGGCCAAGGCAGGAAGAUGCUCAAGAGUUUUUGAGCUUUAUAAUGGACCAAAUGCACGAUGAGCUGCUGAAACUCAAGGAAGUGUCACCCAAACUUACUGCUUCGAAGUCUUCGGUUGUUACUUCUGCCAACGAUGAAGAUGAUGAAUGGGAAACAGUUGGACCCAAGAACAAAUCUGCUGUGACGAGAACACAAAGCUUUGUUCCUUCUGAGCUCAGUGAUAUAUUCGGUGGGCAGCUAAGAAGCGUGGUGAAGGCAAAAGGGAGCAAAGAUUCUGCUACUGUACAGCCAUAUCUCUUACUUCACCUUGAUAUUCACCCGGGAGCUGUGAGUACAAUAGAAGAUGCAUUGCAUUUGUUUUCUGCACCAGAGGAUCUUGAAGGGUAUCGAGCUUCGGUUACUGGGAAGGCUGGUGUAGCGAGUGCGAGAAAGUCGAUAAAGAUACAGAAGCUCUCAAAGAUAAUGAUACUGCACCUUAUGCGUUUUAGCUACGGAAACCAAGGGAGUACUAAGCUCCAUAAACCUGUUCACUUUCCCCUUGAGCUCAACUUAGGCCGCUACCUUCUUGUUUCUCCUUCCAACGGGGGUUUGAAAUAUGAACUUGUGGCAACUAUUACACACCGCGGAAGGGAUCCUUCCAAAGGCCACUACACCACCGAUGCUCGAAGAAAGAACAAUCAAUGGCUUAGGUUCGAUGAUGCUUCUGUGACUGCCGUAGGGACAAAACAGGUUUUGCACGACCAAGCCUAUGUUCUGUUCUACAAACAACUGUAAGAGGAUCAAAAGCAAUCAUAUUUCCAUUCUCAGGGAAAGGAGAGCAACACGGCUUUAGUGUCUGGUCUUUUUAGCUCACAUAGAAAAACUUUGUAGAGAAUCUUAAUAGGUAAAUAGAUUUAGAGUACUUGGUCUACAUGAAAGUUUUGUUUUAAUUCCUUGGGAUGGAAAUGUUUUAGUGUGAUUCAAACGUUUAUUAUUACUUCGUAGACUUAUUAUUUAACAAA